AUGUUAGCUUUGAGCCACUACAACUCCUCAGCCUCCCCGCAGCUCCCUCGUUUCCCCAAUGACAGCGGAGGGAAGGAGGCCAGGGUGGCUGUUUAUGGGCUGUCGCAGCAGGGAAACCUCACCUUUGUGCAGCCCACCACCAGCGGCAUCAUUGUCGUCAUACUGUCUAUGACACUGGGCAUCAUCUCCAACAUCGUGGCUCUCUUCAUCCUGGCCAAUGCCUACUCUCUCCAGCGCAGGCGCACCAAAGCCACAUUCCUCCUGUUUGCUGGUUCCCUGGUGGUCACAGACUUCAUCGGCCAUGUGAUCCCUGGUGCCCUGGUUCUCCGACUCUACCUCUCUGGAGGUGUGCCACCUGAGGACUUCAACGACUCUGAUAGGAUGUGUCAGUUCCUGGGUGGCAGCAUGGUCUUCUUUGGCCUUUGUCCACUCUUUAUGGGCUGUGCCAUGGCGGCUGAGCGCUGCCUGGGUGUCACUAAGCCCCUGCUGCACGCAUCCCUGGUCACCAAAACCCGUACAAAGAUCUGCCUGUCUGUCAUCUGGCUGGCAGCUCUGUGCGUGGCCAUGCUGCCGUGCUUUCAGCUGGGCUCUUACACCUAUCAGGACCCAGGGACCUGGUGUUUCAUUAAGGUGCUCAGUGACACUCAGGAGGUGGAUUUGGCGUUUGUGGCGCUGUUCUCUGGACUGGGUCUGACCUCACUGGCCGUGGCGCUGGUGUGUAACACCCUCAGUGGACUGACGCUGGUGCUCGCUCGGCUCAGGAGGCAGCCCGGCUCACAUCAUUCAGCCAAGUCCCAUGACAUAGAGAUGGUGGUGCAACUGGUCGGCAUCAUGGUCACCUCCUGUAUCUGCUGGAGCCCACUGCUGAUCUUUGGCCUGAUGUCGGUGAUCCGCUCCUACACAGGAUCUAUUGGAGAGGACUUGUCCAGCUACAAAACCCUGAUGGUAAUGGGUGUGAGGCUGGCCACAUGGAACCAGAUUCUCGACCCCUGGGUCUACAUCCUGCUGCGCCGCACUGUCCUCCGCAAAAUCUACCUCAUCGCUAAGUGCCAGGCAGGACUGAGGGGUAAUAUAUUAGGCCGCUGGGAGCCCACCUCGUUUCCCAGCUCAGAGAAGAAGGUCAACCAGGUUUGA